AGGGUGCCAGGACGCGAUCACGGUCUCUAUGGCAAGGACUGUCCGCGUCAACGAGGUGGCUGAUUCGACGGCAACCGCCCUGCUAUAUUUACAUUCUCCCACGCGGCCAUUCGUCCGGCUGUGGGUCUCGCCCGUCCACUCCGGUUGCAUACAUCGAAUUAAAAUCUUUCGGUCUGUCUAGCUGUCUGUCAUGAGUGAUCCACGCUUCACCCGCCUCCACACCGACCCACGCUUCCGCAGGCCAAAAAGGAAUACUCAAAAAGUAGUCGUCGACGAACGCUUCAAAGCAGUAUUCGACGACGACUCAAAUAAAAAAUCAGGCAAGAGAAAAUCAAAAGGUCCGUGCGGUCGUGUAGACAAGUACGGCAGACAAGUCGCUGACACCCAUGAGAAGGACAACCUCAGACGCUUUUACCGACUCGAGGGCCAGAACGACGACGAGGAACACGAAGAUGCCCAGGCUCCUCAAAUAAUAGAUUAUGCACGAGGUCAAGUCUUACUCGAGUCGUCCGAUGAAGAAGAUGGCGAAGAAUCUGCCAAAAGUGAUGGCGAAAGCGAAGAUGGUGACGACGCCGAUGUUAUUCUCGGCCAACACGCUUCAAAGCCCAUCCCCGUCUUUGCAGAAGAUGACGGCUAUUUAGAAGUUGACCUCAACGAGGACGAAGACGCCUACGCAGACCUAGACGCUCAAGCCGCUUCUUACGCAAACGAGCAUGCCAAAGACGACGAACCGGAGCAAGGCGGUGUAAAAACCAACCGGCUCGCCGUUGUCAAUCUCGACUGGGACCACGUCCGUGCCAGUCACCUCUACAAAAUAUUUUCGUCCCUCGUCUCACCAACUGCGCCAUCGGCAUCCGUAGCUGUCAAUGGCGCCACGUCCAUGUCCGUCAGGGGAAACGAAAAGGCCUCGUCUGCAGCUAAAAUUGUCCGUGGAAAGAUCCUCAGUGUCCGUGUUUAUCUAUCAGAAUUCGGCAAGGAGAGGUUGAAGAAAGAGGAGGUCGAGGGUCCGCCGAAGGAGAUAUUCAAGAAGAGUCGACGACGUGACGAAGAUGACACUUUGGGCAGCCUCAUUCAAGAGGAUGAAGGCGACGAGUUUGACGAGAAGGCUUUACGGAAAUACCAGUUAGAACGGCUGCGGUACUACUAUGCCAUCGUAAUCUGCGACACCCUCGACACCGCUGCUCAUCUCGUCUCUGAACUCGAUGGUACAGAGUUAGAACGUUCAGCCAACGUCUUCGACUUGAGCUACGUCCCUGAUGACAUGACAUUUGAUGAUGACUUCAGAGACGAAGCAACCCCUACCACAGAAUCUACCAACACAACCUACAAAGGCCUCGACUUCUCCACAGACGCACUCCGACACUCAAAAGUCACGCUCAAAUGGGACGAAGACGACCCCGAGCGGAGUAAAGUUACCCGACGCGCGUUAUCUCGUAAAGAAAUCGAGGAGGGUGAUUAUAGAGCGUACAUCGCGCCUUCCAGUUCCGAGGACUCAGAUGACAUUGGAGAUAGUAGUAAAAACGAGAAGAGUAAAACCGAACGCGAAAGACUGAGAAAACUCUUACUCGGCGACGGCGAAGUAGGCGGCUUUCCCGAUUCCAACCCAUUCAGUGAUGGAGAUAACGAUGCGGAAGGUGAUAUGGAGAUUACUUUCAUGCCCGGUUUGAGCGAGGCGAAUGCAAAGAGCCAGGACGAAACGACUAUCGAGACGUACAAGAGGAAACAGAAAGAAAAGCGGCAGGCGCGAAAGAAAGAGAAGAUAGAGAAGAUGAGUGAGAAGGAGCAGGUUACUGGGAAAACUGCGAAAGUGGUUGUUGGAGAUGAGUUCUUUGCUGCUGGGAGCGAGAGCGAAGAAGACGAGGCGGAUCUGGGCAAGAGCAAGAACAAGAAAUCAAAGUCCUCCAAAUCAAAAUCCCGGCGCGAAGAGGAGAAAGACAGUGAAGAACACACCGAAGCCCGCCCAGCUACAGAAGCCGAACUAGAACUUCUAGUCGCACCAGACGACACGUCGACAGCACGCAACCAUUUUGACAUGAAGUCCAUCCUAAAAGCAGAGAAAGCAAAAGGAAAAAAGAAAAAGAAGAGCAAGAAAAGUGGGAAGAAGGGACCUGCUGGCGAUGGCGAAGAUGAUGUUCAAGAGGAUUUCCAGAUUGACGUUAAGGAUGACCGGUUCAAGGCUUUGCAUGAAGACCAUACGUUCGCUAUUGACCCGAGUAAUCCUCAUUUCAAAAAGACGAAAAGCAUGGCCGCUUUGCUUGAAGAACGCGCUAAGAGGCAAUCUGGCAAAGGUGGGCGACCUACGGAAAGGGAACCGUCCAGAUCAGAUGGCCUUGAGAUACAGCAGAGCCUACAAAGUCUGGUAGAUAGUGUCAAACGGAAGAGCUCUCAUGCAGAUGGGAAGGGCGUAGGCAAACGCCGUAAAUUAUAAUAUUAAUACUUAAUAGUGGUAUAGUAGACGUUCUGCACAUUACAAUCUU